AUGGCUGAGGAAGUUUAUGAGGGUGCCAUCGGCAUUGAUCUUGGUACCACUUACUCUUGUGUUGCCAACUACGAGGGCAGCAAUGUUGAAAUCAUUGCCAAUGAGCAGGGUAGCUUUACAACCCCCUCGUUUGUCUCGUUCACCGAUGAUGAGCGUUUGAUCGGUGAGGCGGCUAAGAAUCAGGCCGCAAUGAACCCCCAAAACACCGUUUUUGAUAUCAAGCGCUUGAUUGGACGGAGGUUCGAUGACCCGGUUGUCAAGAAGGAUGUCGAGUCGUGGCCCUUCAAGGUCAUUGAGCAGGGCGGAAACCCUCUUGUCCAGGUCCAGUACUUGGGCGAGACCAAGACUUUCUCUCCUCAGGAGAUUUCCUCCAUGGUCCUGAUGAAGAUGAAAGAAGUUGCUGAGACCAAACUCGCCAAGAAGGUGUCAAAGGCCGUCGUUACUGUCCCAGCAUAUUUCAACGACAACCAAAGGCAAGCAACCAAGGACGCCGGUGCUAUUGCGGGCUUGAACGUCCUCCGUAUCAUCAACGAGCCCACCGCUGCUGCUAUUGCCUAUGGUCUUGGCUCUGGCCGCUCCGACAAGGAGCGCAACGUCCUCAUUUACGAUCUCGGCGGGGGAACUUUCGACGUUUCCCUUCUAAACAUCCAGGGUGGUGUUUUCACCGUCAAGGCUACUGCUGGUGAUACUCACUUGGGAGGACAGGACUUUGACACCAACCUCCUGGACCACUGCAAGAAGGAAUUUCAACGCAAAACGAAGAAAGAUCUCUCUGGUGACCCCAGAGCCCUCCGCCGUCUUCGAACCGCUUGUGAACGUGCGAAGCGUACCCUCUCUAAUGCCACCCAAACCACUAUCGAGAUCGAUUCUCUGUUCGACAGCGAGGAUUUCAACACUCAAAUUACGCGAGCUCGUUUUGAGGAUUUGAAUGCAAAGGCGUUUGCUGGCACUCUGGAACCCGUCCAGCAAGUCCUCAAGGAUGCUAACCUUGACAAGAGCAAAGUUGAUGAGAUCGUCCUUGUCGGUGGCUCUACCCGUAUCCCCCGUAUCCAGAAGCUCCUCAGCGACUUCUUCGAUGGCAAGAAGCUCGAGAAGAGCAUCAACCCUGACGAAGCGGUGGCUUACGGUGCGGCGGUGCAAGCGGGAAUCCUCUCCGGCCAGGCCACUUCCAGUGAUACUAGCGAUCUUCUCCUUCUCGACGUUGUACCCCUGUCCCUCGGUGUUGCGAUGGAGGGAAAUAUCUUCGCACCGGUGGUACCCAGAGGUCGCACAGUACCUACAAUCUGCAAGAAAACCUUUACCACCGUUGUCGAUAACCAACAGACGGUUAACUUUCCCGUGUACCAAGGAGAACGCACCAACUGUGAAGAUAACACCUCACUGGGGGAGUUUACCUUAGCCCCAAUCCCUCCCAUGAGGGCCGGAGCCGCCCUAGAAGUCGUAUUCGAGGUUGACGUCAACGGGAUCCUAAAGGUCACCGCAACUGAGAAAUCCACUGGCCGCAGCGCGAACAUCACAAUCUCCAAUGCCGUCGGCAAGCUCUCCAGCACUGAGAUCGAAAACAUGAUCAACGACGCUGCCAAGUUCAAGUCCAGCGACGAGGCCUUCAGCAAGCGUUUCGAGUCGCGCCAACAGCUGGAGUCUUACAUCUCGCGUGUCGAGGAGAUCAUCUCCGACCCAACCAUGUCGCUGAAGAUCAAGCGUGGUAACAAGGACAAGAUCGAGUCUGCUCUAAGUGACGCCAUGGCCCAGCUAGAGAUCGAGGACUCCUCGCCCGAGGAUCUCAAGAAGAAGGAACUCGCCCUUAAGCGAUUGAUCACCAAGGCAAUGGCUACCCGAUAA